CCCUGAACACCCCCGCCGGCAUACCUCCGCGAACCACGCGUGGGGUUAGUUGUUUCUACGCUCGGUUCGCGAUAGCAUGUCGCGUGCCAUUCAUAAUGGAUUCUGUCUAUCUGUCUGCGCGUGUCGACCGUGUUUCUGCACAACUUGCACAACCCAAUGAUGUCUCAAGCAAUGCCCUGGACCGAUGGCGCAAUCAUCGCGAACACACCGCCGCGCCGACCUCGCAGCCAACUCACCAGCAUCUUCACAACUCCUGACAGUCAUAUCACAAUCGCUAAUUCUGCAUGAUACCGUUGUACUGAACGUCGAAUAUACAACAACACCCACCCAUCAUGUGUAGAUUCAUGGUCUACAAAGGCAAGGAUGAGAUACUCCUCUCAGAGCUCAUUCUAAACCCCUCCCAUUCCAUCCUCACACAGUCCUUCGACUCGCGCCUCCGUCUAGACAGGCGCCGCCCGCACAACGGCGACGGCUUCGGCAUCGGCUACUACACGUCGCCCUCCCUGGGCCUCACGCCCUGUGUCUUCACCUCCACGAUUCCAGCAUGGAACUGCAUAAACCUCUCGCGCAUCGCCUCCAAAACCACAUCCUCGCUCAUCUUCGCCCACGUGCGCGCCACAACUGAAGGCAACCUCAGCGACAGCAACUGCCAUCCGUUCUCCUACAAGUCCCUCAUGUUCAUGCACAAUGGCGGCAUCGGCUGCUGGAAACAAAUCAAACGCCGGCUUGCUAUGGGCCUGGAUGAGAAGUGGUUCAAUGUUGUGGGUGGUUCAACAGACAGUGAGUGGGCGUUUGCUACAUUCUUGGAUUGUUUAGAUAAAGCGGGAAUAAGCCCGGACAAAGAGGUGGAGGCUGGUGUGGGCUUUGGACAUACGGUAUUGAGGAAAGCGAUACUGAAGACGAUUGAACGGCUCAACGGGUUCAUCAGGGAUGUUGUUGGGGAACAAGGGGGUGGGGUUGGGGAGGAAGAUAGUAGGAGUCUGCUCAACUUUGCUGUCACAGACGGUGUUAGUGUUGUGUGCUCGCGGUAUGUGAGUAGCAAGACGGAUGAGGCGGCGAGCUUGUUCUUUAGCAGUGGGACGAGUUGGAGGGAACUCAAUGGCCAGUCGGUGGGCUCGGAUGCUGGUGCGAGUUCUGUGGAUGAUGAGGAUAGGGAGAGGGACUAUGUUAUGGAACGCAGGGAUAAGGGAAGUGAUAUUGUGCUGGUGGCUAGCGAGCCGUUGACGUUUGAACGGGAUAACUGGGUCACGGUUCCAACAAACAGUACGCUCACUAUCUCCAAGCAAACUGUUAUGAUUCAUCCUAUCGUCGAUGAGUUCUAUAGCCCCAAUCCGGCGCAUGAGCGCAGUGCGAACUUUGCGCAGGCGAAAGGGCAGACGGUUACGGGGAGUGAUAAGAGGGUCUUAGGAGGUGUGGGAGAGGUAUCUUAGGUACGAUUUCAUGCUUGUGGAAGUGACUACACAAUGUGAUGCUAUCACAGCAUAUACUGGUGCUUGUUGA